AAUAAUUUGGCGGGUAAACCGUGUGGUCAGCAGAAAAAAGUAAACAAAUCGCUGCAAACAUGGGAAUUUUAGGUUUAUCCAAAUUACUUGGCGAUUAUGCCCCGUCUGCUAUGAAAGAAAAUGAAUUCAAGAAUUAUUUUGGUAAAGCGUUAUACAUUUAUAAAUUUACCUGCAUUUACCAGUUUCUUAUUGCUGUAAGACAAGAUGGAAGUAACUUGAUGAGUGAAGAUGGAGAAACUACAAGCCAUUUGAUGGGAAUGUUCUACAGAACCAUUCGUAUGGUAGAGAAUGGUAUCAAACCAGUCUAUGUAUUUGAUGGUAAACCACCAGAAAUGAAAUCAGGGGAGCUUGCAAAACGAAAGGAAAGGAGAGAAGAGGCACAGAAACAAUUAGAAAAAGCAGAGGAAGCUGGUGAUGAAGAAAACAUUGAAAAAUUCAACAGAAGAUUGGUAAAAGUUUCCAAACAGCAUAAUGAAGAUUGCAAGGAACUGUUGAAAUAUAUGGGAAUUCCAUAUAUUGAUGCCCCGGGUGAGGCGGAGGCCCAGUGUGCUGCCUUAGUGAAGGCCGGUAAGAUUUACGCCACAGGGACAGAAGAUAUGGAUGCUCUCACAUUUGGUACCACUGUUCUGUUAAGGAACCUGACUGUUGCUGAGGCCAGAAAAUUACCAAUCAAAGAGUAUCACUACAACAGAGUGCUUGAAGAAUUAGGACUAAAUAAAGACGAGUUCAUUGAUCUGUGUAUUUUACUGGGCUGCGACUACUGUGAUUCAAUAAGAGGUAUUGGCCCAAAGAGAGCUAUAGAUCUCAUCAAACAGCACAAGUCUAUAGAUGAAAUACUCAAACAUUUAGACUCCAAGAAAUACACAGUUCCUGAAGACUGGAUGUACAAGGAGGCCAGGAAAUUGUUUCAGGAACCAGAAGUGGCUGACCCUGAAGAACUAGAUAUUAAAUGGUCAGAGCCGGACGAAGAAGGAUUGAUUGACUUCAUGGUAAACAAGAAAAAUUUCAGUGAGGACAGAAUAAGAAAUGGUAUUAAGAAGUUACAGAAAGCCAAACAAGGAACAACACAGGGACGGCUCGAUUCCUUUUUCAAUGUUGUCUCAACAUCAACAACAAAGAGAAAGCAAGAAGAUCAGAAAGGGUCUGCAAAAAAGAAAGCAAAAGGUGGAUACAAACGACCCAAAUAAGACAACUGUGUAGUGAGUUUGACUAAGGAAUUUUAACUUGGAUCAUCUUUUGUCUGUAGGAUUUAUUUAUUACAAAUUUAUCAAAAUAGUGAAAGUGAAUAUUCUCACUCCAUGGAAUAACUUGCAGGAGCUACCACAAGGAUGGUUCUAUUGUGAAUUCCAUUUUGGUGGUGUUUGCCGACUUGGAUAAUCCUUCAGAAAAAAAAUCAUUGAAAAAUGAAAUGUUAAUUGUUUAAUGGUACAUUACUUCUGAUAAGAAAUAAUGUAGAUAAAGGAAAAAAGGUUAAAUGCUUCAAUUUAAAUCUACCUAGCCUAUGUAUGCUAUGAACAAUCGGUCGAAACGAAGUACAUACAAACAUUUUAAUACAGAUAUGAUUUAUCUACUUUACUAUGAAUGAUGAUGCACUUAUAGUAAUGUUUGUACUAGAAAUAGAAAAAAAUAAAGCAAGCAAAAACUAA